AGCACAUGUAUUUUGAAAAACACAUUCAUUGCGUGAAUUGUAAACAUGUUUUGUAAAUCCAAUUGUAUUUAAUUUAAUCAUUAAUUAGUUUUACACCAAAUUUAUCGCUCAUUAAAAUCGUAAACUUUUUGACAAAAUUAUGUCAUUUUUUAUCCGAAAAAACAGAAACCAAUCAAAAGUUGGUAAACGAAAAGGCCAAACGAGUGGUAAUAACCGGAAGAAUGAGUUGAAAGGCAACAAAAAGCCGACGAAGAAGUCACUGAACGAAGAGAUAGACAGCGACUCGGAUGACGACCCCCAACACGAGGACAUCGACGACAAGUCCAGCGCCGGCCGUAAACGCAAACUCAAUGAUAAUGACGGGUCGGAUGUCGGCAGCGAUGGCGGCAGUGAUGAAGACGUGGAGACACCGCAAGAGAAACGGUUACGACUGGCGAAGAAGUACUUGGAGUCCAUCGAGACUGAGGAGAGGAUGAAGAAUGAGGGCCAAGACGUGGACCAGACGGCGAUCGGCCACCGAUUGCGCGAUGAUAUACUCGAAGAGACGGGUCGUUUGAUGCGCAAAGUGGCCGACAAUUACUCGGAUGCCGACGUGUCGGACAUCCGGCACCUGAAGAACGGCCACAAACUGUCUGUCACUGCAGUUGUGGUCACAUCCGACCAGAAGUACGUGUUUUCCGUGUCGAAGGACUGCUCUAUAGUUAAGUGGGAUUUCAAGUCGUGUCGACGAUUGCAGACAAUUCAUGGCCUCAGAGAUAAGCCUAAGAAGAAGAAGAAGGCAAAGACUUCGACAUCGACUGCGGCCGCCAAUGAUAAACAAUCGGUGGGCCACUCGGCGCACAUUCUGGCACUCGCCAUCUCCAGUGAUGACAAAUUCUUGGCCACCGGUUGUCUCAACAAAGUAAUCAAUAUCUGGAAUCCAGAAACGAUGGCACUGUUGAAGACAUUUCGCGGACAUCGCGGCCCAGUGUCUGGACUGGCCUUCCGGAAGGGCUUCCAUCAGUUGUUCAGCGCGUCGUUCGACCGUUCGGUGAAAGUGUGGAAUUUGGACGAAAUGUCUUACAUCGAGACACUGUUCGGACACCAGGACUCCAUCCAAGCCAUCGACAGCUACAUCAGGGAUCGGGCCAUCACUGUAGGCGCCAGAGACGCCUCGGCCCGCAUCUGGAAGAUACCUGAAGAGUCGCAACUCGUUUUCCACGGCUCACAGCACUCCAUGGAUUGCGUUAAACUCAUCGAUGAACAGCAUUUUGUUACCGCCGAUGACAACGGUUCAAUAAGUCUUUGGGCAGUACUCAAGAAGAAGCCGUUGACCACAUAUCCGGUGGCCCAUGGAUUGAGUACUUCAGCUCCUAAUUGGGUGACAGCGCUGGCAGUCAUGAGGAAUACAGAUCUUAUAGCAUCAGGAUCAUCUGAUGGUACGAUCCGUUUGUGGAAGUGUUCGCAGGAUUUUCGAAAAUUAGAGCCAAUUGUGAACAUUCCAGUCGUUGGUUUUGUAAAUAGUUUAGAGUUUAGUCCGAAUGGAAAGUUCAUAAUCGCAGGCAUUGGCAAAGAGCACCGGUUGGGCCGUUGGUUCGCCAUCAAGGAGGCCAAGAAUAAUGUGUUAAUAAUUCCACUGUUAGUGAAAUAAAUAAUUAUUUAAAUAAAUACAUUACUUUUAUAUGAAA